CCCGCUCCUUCCCCGGCUGUGAAGAUGGCGCUGUCCAGGGUGUGCUGGGCUCGGGCUGCUCUGUGGGGUUCGGCCGUCGCCCCUGGACCCUUUGUCACCCGGAGGCUGCAGCUGGGCCGCUCUGGCCCUGCGUGGCUCGCCCCUCGGUCUUCAAAGCUUCACGUUUCUCCGAAGGCAGAUGUGAAGAACUUGAUUUCUUACGUGGUGACCAAGACAAGAGCGAUUAAUGGAACGUACCAUCGUUUCUUGGGGCGUCAUUUCCCCCGCUUCUAUGCCUUAUACACAACCUUCAUGAAAGGAAUACAGAUGUUAUGGGCUGAUGCCAAAAAGGCUAGAAGAAUAAAGGCAGACAUGUGGAAACAAAAUCUAAAGUUUCAUCAACUCUCUUACCGGGAGAUGGAGCAUUUGAGACAGUUCCGACGAGAUAUCACCAAGUGUCUCUUUGUUGGCCUCAUCUCCAUCCCGCCCUUUGCCAACUACCUGGUCUUCCUGCUAAUGUACCUGUUUCCUAGGCAACUGCUUGUCAAGCAUUUCUGGACCCCCAAACAACAAAUUGAUUUCCUGAACAUUUAUCAUGGUAUCCGGAGGCGGCCCCACUUGGAAAUCAUCACACAUCUAAGGAGAGCCAGCACUUUUGUUUCUCAUGAAAAGCUCCGGUGGCGUCUGACAGACCUGUGCACCAAGAUGCAGAAUGGCACCCACCCGACAGCACAGGACAUCCUGGCUCUCAGAGACUGCUUCUCUACCUAUCCCUUGGGCUUCAGCCAGCUCCAGGCUUCUCACAUGAGAGCCUUGAGCCAGGCCAUGCUCCUCGCGCCGUACCUGCCUUCACCCUUGCUGAGAUGGCGUCUGAAGAGUCACACCACUGUGAUUCACCAGCUGGACAGGGCUCUGGCAAAGCUAGGCAUUGGCCAGCUGACUGCACAGGAAGUGAAAUCGGCUUGCUAUCUUCGUGGCUUGAACUCCACCCAUGUCGCUGAUGACAGGUGUCGGACCUGGCUGGGGGAAUGGCUGCACAUCUCCUGCAGCCUAAAAGAACCGGAGCUGUCCCUCUUGCUGCACAACGUGGUCUUGCUCUCCACCAACUACCUGGAGCCACGGCGCUGAGGGAGCACGGCGGCAAGGAUGACACUGUCCUGCAGUUGCGUAGUAGUGGUGGGACCAGGGGCACUUGCCAGCCAUCUGUGCGCACUGGUGUGGGAGGCCAAGGAGCAGGCUACCCAUCUGGGAGCUCUAGACAUUCCCUCACAGCUUGAAUCUAACCUUACACUAACCUGGAACAGGCAAGCACCUCUGGUACUAGACUUUUAUUGUGAUGUAAUGCUUAGGUCCUAUAAAGUCAGCGUUUGCCCAGGUGGGAAUCAUGUGGCCUAAAAUUCACGACUGCCAUGGUUUUGUUUUUAUUUAUUUUUAUUUUUUUGAGAUGUGUCUAUGUUGCCGGGGCUGGCCUCAAAUUCUUGUGCUCAAGGGAUCCUCCUACUCCAGGCUUCAGGGUGCUGGGGCUACAGGUCCAUACUGCACUGGCCUCACUGCCGUGUUCUCUACAGCCUAGCGUUGUUUUCCCGAGACGUUAUGUCUCAUGUAGCUGCCGGUGACCUUGAAGUCUGAUCUUCCCACUUCUGCCUCCCAGGUGCUGGGAUACAGGCGUGCAGCUCUACGAAGCUCUGGGGUGUCGUCUUGGGAAACUAGGCGAGUGCUCCUCAGAGUCUUUUGCAGUAGAGAUCUCUGGUGCCAAGAACAGUGCAGCUUACCCUGGAGUGAGGGCACCUGUGCCUGGCCCUGUGCCAACCCUGGCAGUGAUUUUUCUUACACCCCUCCCUUUUCCUUUUUGGCCUUUUUGAGAAUCUUACUAUAUAGCCCAUGCUGGCUUUUGAUUCCUGGCAAUCCUGACAGACAAUUCUGCCACAGCCUCCUGGGGACUGAGAAUAUAAGCAUGAGCCACACCCACCCUUUCUGGUGAGACCAAAAGUAGGGAUGUUUUUCCUUGUCACUAGCAUGGACUAACUUCCACCCCUCCUUUCAGUAUUCUCUGGACACUUUUUUUUUCUUUGUGGGAACAUUCUAAAGGAGGUGGUGGGAAAGAACGGCUGCUUGGCCUUCCCUGCGUUUGUCCCCAGCGUCUUACUUUCCAGGCUGUCACACAGCCCUAAGGACCUUAUGUUUACUACCUCCACUGUGUUGCACUAAGCCAUCUGUAACCAGCAGUGGCUGCCUUCUUAGGCUGUGGGUCAAAACGCACAAGGCACUAAUUACUGCCCAGCCCUGGGAGACCAGGGAUUUGCGUGGAGAUAGUGAGCUGGGCUUAACUGUUGUGUACAUCUAUGCCCUGUGGUUCUGUAAUGACUUACUGUAUGUAAAUGCAUGAAGCACUGUUUUAAACCCAAGUAAAGACUGCCUGAAACCAGUUUUGGGGAAUUACUU